AUGUCCCCUAUAUAUUUUAGCCUUAACUCAGCAUUUAUACUAGGCCUAAUAGGUCUUGCACUUAACCGCUAUCACCUUUUAUCUGCACUUUUAUGUUUAGAAAGCAUACUAUUAACCCUAUUUAUUACUAUUGCUAUCUGAACCCUUACACUAAACUCUACCUCUUCUUCAAUUACCCCUAUAAUCCUCCUCACAUUUUCGGCUUGCGAAGCUAGUGCAGGCUUGGCUAUUCUAGUUGCCACUUCACGCUCACAUGGUUCCGAUAAUUUACAAAACCUAAACCUUCUCCAAUGCUAA